UACACCGAUAAAGGAAUGCGGACCACGGAUGCACAACGACGUUGCCGAGUCAGCAGCAGCAGAAGCAGAAAUAGCAGCAAAGUGUCCCUUCAGCAGGAGGCAACCGAUUUCGGUGCUGCGGUGGCCGCGGCGGAAGUGACUGUUGUUGGGUGUUGAGGUGACCGCCAGGAAUUUCCUGCUAACUAACAUCCAGGACCUUGCGGGAUUUGUGGUGGCGAUUGAAUGAAAACUUUCCGUUUUCGGUUGAUUUAGUUGUGCAGUGAACGCCUGGAUAUCUACUAUCAUCAUCGGAGAUUUUUUUCGGAAAGGGCUUUGAAGAUUUUGAAAUUUUAUUUUACUUGUCUGACUUUCCCUGCCAGUUUAAACUAGUGAAGGUGUCGUUGGGAAUGACCCGUGAAAUUAAAAGCCUAUAAGUCAAGUGUGGGAAGUGAGAAAAAAGGAACAAUUGAACUGGAAUGAGUUGAACGAGAUGAUUUUUUCGAGAUUAAACUCCUUGUUAGAGUGAUUGAUUUGGAGGAUCGCUUGAGCACAAGUGCUGGUUAGGAUUAAACAAAAGUUAACGAAUCAGAUAGCCCGGAAUAGUGUUCUGGAACAGGUUUUCUGGGAUUUUUUCAUCGUUCCAAGGAAUGCUGGCUGGUGCCAUAGAUUCUUCCUGUUCUUCUUGCUGGUGACGAUCACUGGUGGCCUCCACCCACACAACGGAAGGUGUAUGUGUGUCGGUGCAUGUGUGACUGACUGCUGGUCUCAUUCAUUGUUACUCUCUCCAGUACACUUUGUUACUCUCAGGUUCCUCGGUGUGUUUAUAAUAAAUCCGUUGACGAAGAAGAUAACUGUUAGUGGUGCUCUAGUGUGAUGCUGUAAGUUUGAUUUCCAGCCAGCCCAACAAAUGUAGGCUAUUCUCAGGCGCUCCACAGGGAAAGUCUUUGAGUUGUGUAAUGUGUCUCUAAUCGAGCGGUGUGCUCCGUGUAACGAAUCGUUCCGGUAACUCACGGAUGGAAAACAAAAGUGGAGCAUUUGUUGAGCUGAGAGUACUGCUGUUGAUUGGGGUGGUUGACAGAAGAAUCGGCAGUUGUUCUAAAAGGUGCUGAUACCCGGUGAGUGUUUAUGGCGCUGGUCGCCCCGUUGGCGUUAUUUUGAUGAGUGAUUUCGCCCGUUAAAUCUCGCCAGCAGCCGUAGGUAGUUCACUCAAGUGAGAACCGAAAGAGGAUACGGAGUGCACGAGAGCGCCCAGAGAGAGUGUGUUACAGGAUUUUUCAUAGCCUUGUGUGUUACGGUUCAUAAAACGGAACCAGUUGGCGAUAUCCGUCUGGAUCCUUCGCGAGAGCCCACGAGAGUGCUGCCCUCGACAGGGAAAACUCUCUCGGAAAGAUGAGAGCGAGUGAAGUGGCGUUUUAAUCAGUGACCCCGUAGUACGCAUGAGUUGUGAUAUCGAUUGAUUGCGCACGCAAACCCUUUGCUCACCGCGCCAUCUACAACAACUACUGCUGUGCUCCAGUGCUCUAAUGCCGUUUGGGGCCAUCAUCGAGCAAGGCAGGGAACGACAUCCUGCAGCGCGUAACCAAAACCGCGGAUGAGCGAAAAGUUUGACGGACCGACAUCGUCGUUACCAUCCGCCAUAGCCGUCCGAGAAGAAUCCGGGUUCGCGUACGUUCCGAAGGAAUCCUGCCCAACGGGGCCAUUUCGGUCGUUUCGGUCGCUGUCGUCGUCCUCGUCAUCUUCCUCCUCCGGUGGUGUCGUGGUUGUGUUGUGCGAAAAAGAAGCUGCUUCUUCCCGUAUAACUGUGUGCGAUCAAAAUGGCCGCAAGUGUUCCACGACCAGUGCUAAGAAACAGUGUUACGACCGUCAACCUUUGCCGAAGACCGUGUUACGUUGCAGCAGUGCAGCGGUACCACUAAGAAGCAUACGCAAGGACGUUAGAAAACUGAGAUGAUGGGGCCAUGAGCCCGAGCCCCGAGGUCAUCAAGAGUCGCAAGUGCGUCUCAAGCGGGCCUGCACCAUGCUAGCGCCGCCGAACCCGAGGUCAAUAUGCGGCCAGGACCCGGGCUGGUCGUGAUGGCGCUUGCGUUUAUUUCGGGGGCUCGGCGAGGCACCAGUCAACAGAGCAGUGCCAGUCAAGACAACAAGUUGGGCAAAUUUGAGGAAGACAAUACGGAAGCACUAUCACGGAUAAAUCCGUGGUUGUCAGCGUGCGAUCUGGCGCAACCCAACUCAGCACCGGAUCUCCAGGGUCAAUGUUCAGCCGGUACACUGCCUGUGGCCUGGAUAGACGAAGGUCCUGGUCCACCGCGCUGUCCACCGCCAUGCACGGCUCUUAAGUCUAAUAAUAAACAUAAUAGUAAUUAUAAGGCAAACAAUAUUGAUAAUACUAAAUAUAACAUGGAGAACCGGUUAAAUGAUAAACAACAGUGCCUUGACUAUUUGGGCGAUAAUGAUGAGUUAAGUCCAGCACAAAUUUGUAAAAAAUCGUCACAAAGUAUUGAGACCAAGUUGAGAGCGUUACGUUUAAGACAUUGUUGUGAACGUACUGUUGGCAGCGCGUUGCAUAAUGAGGCUUAUGUCGCGGUGCUAAAAGGUGGUUCAAACUGUUUCAAGAAGCUGAGUGACCUGCUGGAAAUCGACACCUUGGCCGCCAGGAUCACCUGCGAGUUCACCGAGGUCCUGGUGCGGUACGACUGCGGACAGGCGUACUCGAUCAUCCAUCACUGCGAGGACUGCAAGGAGGCAUAUCGAAGGUGGGGCUGUUCCAUAUUGCUGCCGUAUUUCACGACGCGGGACGAAGUGGCGAACGACAGCGUCAAGAUGGACACCGGCCCCGGGAGUCCUGGAAGUGGUGGAGGAGGGGGUGCCAGAACUAGCAACAACAACAGCAGCAGCAGUAGUAGUAUGCGAGGUGGAAGUCCCGGUGGAACGGCAAAGUCGGGGAGUGCUAGUAGCAGCAGCAGCAGUAACAAAAGUGUUAACAAUAAAACCGGAAGUGGUAGCACCCAGGGUAAAUCGAACACAAACUACCAUGGGAAAGCCGCCGCCAACAAGCAGACUGAACCGAAUUUGAACGAUGCGAAUAAGCAACAACUAGUAAAUAAUAUAUCAUUCAAUGUGAAAAGUUCACGUCGAAAAACGCAACGAGUACGAAUACGACCGUGUCUAGAUGUAUGUCAAACCGUAGAGCAAAAGUGUCCGUACAUGCUUCCAGGGGAUCGAGCGCCAGCACUUCCGACGCAGUACGCAGGCGAGCCAACGUUUCUCUGUCGAGAUCUCAACAUCGACGAGGUCGGUCAACAGCAGCAGCGUUCAAAUACGGGCUCGGACAUCUGCUGUUACGAUUACUGCGGCUCAAACCCCCAAGCCGGUGUGUGCAGUAGAUGCGAUCCCCUGGUGGAACAGGACGAAGAAAAUAACGCAAGUGACGAUCGUGCGGACAAAGGAAACGAUAACCGACUUCAUCAGUUAGCCGGUAAGACGACCAUCGCCGGCAAGACAGCGAAUCCAGGAAAAAAUAGUAGCACGGCAACUAACCAAUCCAUCAGCAGUAGCAGCAACACCAGCAGCAGCAGUAGCAGUUUCCUUGACCAGUUGCUGUUCAGCAGCGAGCUGCCGCCACGAUUACCAACUUGUCCGAGCAUAACAAGCGCAACAACUCCGUCUACACAGCCGGGCAGCUGUAAAUCGCCGCAGCAGCUGGUACAGCAGCACCUAGACAAGAAGCAACUAAAUCAGCAAUCUACCACACCGUCAAGUCAAGUUAUGGCUAGCGGAGAUGGUAGAAGAACAACUUCAACGCCGAAGGCAUCGCUUUCGACGACAACAACAACAACGGCGACGUCGGUCGCAUCAUCAGCAUCAUCGCUAGCGUCUUCGUCAGUGGUUGUUAGACUAAUCAGCGUGAGUUCGAUUCUUACGAUGUACUUUAACAACUCUCUGACGAUGCGACUACGAUGUCUCGAUAAACUUGUCGCGUGGGCGAAAAUCUUGCUUCAACCGGCCGGUUUAUAGUUAAGGUGCAAACCUGGCUAAUUAAACAGCGAAAAUACGCCACACAAUACAAAUACACACAUACACAUCGACACACACAUACUCUUUCAAACACGUAAACAGAUUCUAGCACACGUACACGCGUUUCCAGGAAACACAAUCAAACUUACACUAAUAACUAUCAAAGUAACACAAUUACCCAUAAAAAAAAAGUGAUCAUCACUCCAAAACUCAGUGUGACGAAUACAAAAACGAAAAAGAAACCCCGAAUAAAACAUCAAAAACCCUUUGAAAGCAUAAUUAUAGUUGUUGAAAUGUUGAGAUCGGCGCUAUUUGGCCACAUUUGAAGGUCGAUUUGCAGUGCAAAUCCGCGAUUGUGGGUGGUUCACAUCAAACGAUGAGGGGAAAUUGAACCAAAGUUUUACAAGAGGAAAAAAUUAAACAAAUGCACAAAAACUACCACCACCGACCACCUUUGGUCCCUUCGAUUUCGGUGCUCGGUCGAGUCUUCCAGCAGUUCCUGGUUCGGGCUCGGAUCUGGGUUGUAUUGGUGCUGAAUAUUGGUGGUGAACAUUCGAACACUGUUAUGGGAGAAACGGAAAAGCAGGCAACACUGAUUAGCUAGGAAAGUCUGAUUGGAUUCGUCUCUGCUACUCGAAAUCGAAAAAAAAACAUUAGAACGGAAAAACACAUAUUCCCACACAGUUAAUAUGGACAAUUUUAGGUGAAACAUAAAAAAUUAUUAAUUGUUAAGCAGCGUGGAAAAGUGGGUAAUUAAAAACAAAUAAACUAAUAGACGUAAACGAAAGCUAACAAUAGGUGAAGAUAAGGCAACAAGAAAAGGUUCAACAGAAACAUAACAACAAUGAAAUUAUUCGUGUUUUUACAUGACGAUAAGAGAUCGAAAAACGAAAAGUUAAGCAAAACAAAAAUCAUCUGCAGCUGAAUAAGGCCACAUCCGGGUUCUAUCUAUAUUUUUCUACGUUGCAGUCGUUCUCAAGUUUUUGAAUUGCAAAUACGAUAAAAGCAGUAUUUUUCAACUAUCAGUACACACUUUCGUGGAAUGUUUAAAAAAUGGACGCUUGUCUGAUGAGGUUGGGAUUUAAUUUCAACUUUGAACGAAGACUUAUUCUUAACAUUUAAACUAUCUCACGCAUGACUUAAAAUAAGCUCUGUGUAUAAUUUAUCAUUUCUUGUGAAGCUAAUUUAUUUGAGUUUUCUGGAAAUUUUCAUUAUUUUAGAAAAAUGCACAAAUGGGAAUUAGCUAACAAAAAAGACAUGAACGUCAUUUUGCUUUUGCCUCAGUAUUCAUUUGAAGAAAGACUACGGAAACGAUUGUAAAUCUAAUCAUACUUCUAAAUUCCAAGCUGUCUGCUGAAACAUCCAAUGGCAGUAAAUAGUGAACAUUAGAAUCGAUCUUAAAUCGUAGCAUUAGGUCGCGACUUCUCGGCGAGAAAGUUAAGACAGUUAAGAAAAAAAAAUUGAAACAACAGCCUCACAAACGAACCGAUACGAACGUCUGGUUCACGUUUAAAUAAAAACACGAAACAAAAAAUUAACUGCAUAGGACAAGGCGGGAUCUCCGUUCGGACCUGCCGACCCAAAUGCGUAGAGAAUUCGUUUCCGAAAGUCAACAAUCCCGGAGGAAACUGAAUGACCGUCAUCAAACAACAAAACCUAAUUCGGUUAACUAUAGCAAACUGACACAUUGAGGAAAGUUUAUCUGUUCAUCGGAGCAGAAAACAAAAAAAAAACAACCUAAAGAAAUAAUAAUAAAAACAAAAUUGUUAACGUUCGAAAAGCCAUAUUUUUAGCAUUUAAAUAGUCAUUAAAACAAAUGAAAUUAUAAUCAAUAUUUGUUAUAAUAAAUGUGAGAUUUAAAGAAGAAUGAAAAACAAAAAUUCGUUUAUUAAGCUAGGAAAAAACAAUAGAAGAACCGACAGCUGGUAGCGAAACAAACCAGUUCAAUUUAAAUAUAUGAAACAAAUAAAAAAAACACUCACUUUUGCACCGAGAAACAAUAAAAAGAAGAGUCCGGCAAAAUGGAACAACAAACUGCAUCUAAUAAACAAAACAACUGUCAGCAGAAAGGGAAAUUGAAAACAAAAAAAAAAAACAAAACAAAAAAAUCUAGUGAAGUCUUCAUCAAAAGUUGUAAUGUUAAACGUGUAGGACAAAGUGUAACAAAAAAAAACAAACAAACAAAUAACAA